GUUUUGGCCAGGUUCUCGAAGCAGAUCUCGAAGCAGAGUGAGAAUGUUGGCGAAAUAAAGAACAGGAUUACGAAUGCGGGAUGGAUGUAACACAGCAGGCUUUGAAUGAGUUCAACAUCAUCGACAACAUCGACAUCAUCGAGUCAGCGGUUGAUGAGCUGCUACAGAAUCAGGUUCCCACCCAGGCGGAUUAUGGCGAAAUCGACGACGUGCUGCUAUCGAUGUGUCGGCUGUGCGCAAGGGAAGAAUCGCAAAUGCUGGAGUUCACCGAAGAACAGCUGCUGCUGAUCGGUGAACUCAACAUUACCUUAUCAAUCGGCAUCGAUGAGACGAGCUCCGUUUGCUCCAAGAUUUGUCACGACUGCAGUGCUUUUCUGAAGGAGAUUCAAAGCUUCUGCAGCAUGUGCUUGGAGGCGCAGAGGCGCAUCUCUAUACUGUUGACACAGCGCAACAUGCUCCCGGAUUUCCUCAAGCUUGACUUUACCGUGUCGCCGAAGGAACAGUUUCUACCGAUGCUGCUUGCUUCGCCAUUGCUGUCUACUGAAACGAAACUGCAAGAGGAUGGGGUGCCCGCCUUCGAAAGGAUCACAGGUAUAGCCACCAAGGUGGAAGAACAUUCCACGCUGGAAAUGGUGGAACCAACGAACCCUAAGCAGUCCGAAAACAAGACCACGUCCGCAUCCUUGGCGAGCGCAGCUAGAACGACCAUAACGCCUGGUAAGAGGCAGUUAGUUAAACGAGCUGCUACCAAAGUCAGCCAGUUGGUAAAAUCUCUGCAUUCCAAAGGAAAAAAAGGGUCGGGUGAAAUGGAUGAACGGACGGGCAAAAACCCCAAAUUGAAGGCGACGAAACAACGUAAAUCGAAAGUAUUGGCACCCGGGAAAGUGCUUAACAAAAUAAAUCAGCAGACCCAACCGCAACGAACCGAUUCACGUCGAAUAGUGGUCAACGGUCGCCUCGAGUGGCUGUGUCUGGACUGCGAGGAGACCUUCGAAAGCUGUGCAAGGCUUAAAACUCAUCGCCAAACCUGCGCACUGGUGGGCACAGAGCAAUCGAAGCGUAUCGGCUCGUUCUCGUGUGAUGUUUGCGAUUAUGUUCAUUCGUCUUUAGCUGCUCUGCGUGUCCAUCGCCACAAGCAUAGCGACAAGGGAACGAAAGCCAAGCGUAAGAAAACGGCUAUCGCGAAGGAUGAAACACCGGAGAAGAUCUGCCAUGUGUGUGGCAAGAUCAACAAAUCGGCACGCGCCUUACGGUUGCAUCUACUUACACAUUCGAACGAGAAGAAGAACGAAUGCCACAUCUGUGGGAAACGGUUUUUACGGUCUCAGGCCUUGAAGAUGCAUUUGGAAGUGCACUCCGACACGAAGCAAUACGAAUGCGAGAUGUGUGGCAAACGGUUUCACGCCCGAGCCGGUCUUUAUAACCAUCGCAAAACCCACGAUCAGUCUUAUCGUCGUCGGCAGUGUCCGGUUUGUCCGAAGCGCUUUGUCCAUCCGUACCAGCUGCGGGAACACAUGAUGAUACACACGGGCGAGUACCCGUACGUGUGCAGUGUCUGUGAUGGCAAGUAUCGCUCACUUGCCAAGCUGAAUCGCCAUCUCGAGAAGGAACACGUGCAGAUCUUUGAUCACAUUACGCUGGUGGAGGACUGUGAAACGAAUGAGGUGGAUGAUCUGAUCGUGUACCAACCGGAAGACGAUUUGAUACCCAUGAUGGACGCGAUACCGCACGAAUUGGCCACCGCUGGGUCCGAAAUGACUCCACUGGAACUGCACCACCAUGAACAGGAAGCCACAGCCGUACCGCCAUCCGUUGACAUUCAGCUCGCACCCGAGGGGUCGGUUUUCGUGGAGGAUCAUCAUCAUCUUCUCAGUUCACAGGAGAACCCAUUCGUAGUUAACUGUUUCCCUGGCACGGCAUCCCAGACGGAUGAUGCGUUCUACAGUUUUAUGGAAUGUUAACGGUCCAAACCGUGGCCUCAAAACAUGUAGAUAGCGGAUACCAUAGCCCCAGAACCAUUUUCAUUCGUAAAAUAGUGCUUCAAGGAAUGCUUAUAAGUUUGAUCUCGUAUCCCAUUCCCAGCACGGAUCACCAUUUUCAUGCAAUCUAGUCCAGCCUGUGUCGACAAUGGUGGCUAGAUCCGAUUGAUGUGCAUAUCGAUUGUGAACUCAUUAUUGAGAACUCUCUCUCUUUGUAAUCGCUUCUUUUAAGUGAUAUUGUUAUUUAUUUAUUCAAUGAAGAAAUGCUAAAAACAAGAUCCUCGAUUCUUCUUCUGAAAGGCAAAAUGAAAUAAAGCAGCUCAGUGUUUCGUAAAACCA